AUGGAAAUGACAACAACUGCGUUCAAAUGGACGCAGGCACUUUCUCGCGAAGGUUUCACGACCACGAACAUUUAUUUUUCGGAAUUGAACGAAUCAUCAUAUUAUGUCAAUCGAAUCGUACGACCACAUUACAUCGCGUUUAUAUCCAAUUACAAUGCUGUUAAAGAGUUCUCUUUGGCAACGAGUAACUUUAAUAUGUCUUUUGCUGCCUGGUUAGUAUUGUUCAUUAACAAGGCAAAUGAUUACAAUUAUUGUCACAGUCCACCAGGUAAUAUAUUUCAUUUGAAAUUUAAUUCGGAAAUGUUGGUACGUUGCGGUACGGAAAAUAUUUUACGAGAGUGGUAUUCCAUCGACUCGAAUCAAACACAGAUCGAUGAUUUAGCAACCUGGAGUUUAGAGAAAGGAAUCACUAAAAUGGUUCCAGAUUUUCUUUACAAGAGAAGAUGCAAUUUGAAAGGUUACAUUAUGAGAGCCGUUAUUGUUAAGUCAUCAGCUAUGCUAUCCGUGAACAAAGAUGGCGAAUUAGACGGCCUGUUAGGCAGAUUAUUAAGGGAACUUUGUCUUACUUUAAAUUUUAAUUUCAAAAUCGUUUCCGAAGUAGAAACGUUCGGAAGAUGGAAUCCAAAAGAAAAUACUUGGUCCGGUGCAAUUGGAGAAUUAUAUUCUGGACGUGCAGAUAUUUGUUUUUCUGGAUUUUCCAUGACAAAUGCCAGAUUGAACGCCGUUGACUUCACGUUUCCACUUUUGUCCACGAGAAAUUAUCUUUACAUUCAGGAGCCACACAUAUUCUCGAUUAAAUGGUCAUCCUAUUUCCUAACCUUCUCUCGUUCUGUUUGGGUCGCUACAUUUGGGAUAUUAGCUUUAGCAACGAUAUUAUUGAUUCUUCUUAAAGUCAAAAUUGGAACUGAUCGUGACAUUGGACAUUUAUUGUACGAUAAUUUUCUGGAUAUAUGGGGUAUAUUUUGUCAACAGGGACUCGCAGACUUUCCACAUAGAUCAUCUCUAAGAAUAGCAUACUUCUCUAUAUUUAUUUUGGCUGUUGUUUUAUCGGCCGCUUAUUCGGCCGCUUUGAUAAGCUAUUUAACGUCUGGUAUCCGCAAAUUACCCUUUCAAUCAUUAGAAAGUUUCGUUGAAGAUGGUACUUAUCAAUUUUCCGUUGCACAUGAUACCGCCGAAUACGAUCUAUUUGCAAAUUCGGGAGAUCCUUUAGCAAAGAAAUUGAUGAAGUUGAUGCUGGAUGAGAAAAAAUUGCCAGUAAAUGUACUGGAUGGAUUUUUAAAAAUUUGUAAAAAUCACAAACUAGCAUUUUAUACGUCUGGCUUUUUAAAGGAUAGUGUAGGUCAUAAUAUACCAUGUAAUAUUGUCUCCGUUGAAACAGGACAUGUCGACACAUUUUCUUUGGUUUUGUCUAAACAUAAUCAAUUCACUGACGUAAUCAAUUUUCAUUUGCAGAAAUUUAUCAACAAUGGAAUGAUAAAUUGUUUAAAGGAUGAUCUAUAUCAUAAAAGAUCCAACGAUAUGAUCAAGCAUCAACCGGUUGACAUAACCAGCGGAAUUGAUGUGAAUCGAAGAUACUUUUAA